AUGUCCACAAGAGCUAGAUCUCGGUCUCGCCCUCGCGCAGCAGUCGCAACUGGUGCUGGCGAGAGCACAUUCCUAAACUGGACCGCCUCCAAACUCGCUGCGAAAGCCGACCUCGCAAAUGCUGCCAAUGAAGACACUCGUGCUCGUCGUCGCGUCUCAAUUGGAGGACAUGCCAGACCAGUCUCCAGAUCAAGGUCACGCUCAAGAGCUGCCGGGGGCCGGAGAAGGUCUAGCACAGUCGCGAACAAGAGGAGUCCACUCAAAGGCAUCCUACCAUGGGCAGCUCUAGUCCUCGGUCUAGCCUUUCUCCUCAGCGCCAUCACACGUAUCAAAGAAGUGUGGGAUCUUCGGCGAGACCACGAAACCUUACUAGCAAGCAAAGAGAUCAUUACGACAGAUCCCUUCGGCACAGCUCUCGACCUUACUGUAGCUCAAGCCCUCGACGACCUGGAUUCUGAGAAGCACAAGCUCAAAGAAGCCCAGCAAGCCCUCCGCAACAUCAACGCCCGAUUCGAAACCAUCUUCGGCGCAGGCGGUCUCAUCCAAACCAACGAAGACCUCACCCCCGCCAUCCAGACAUCCUCCUUCGCCCAACCCAUCGAGUCAAACACCGGCCUACGACACACUCUCCACGACCUGACAGUAGCCCUAGAAGUGCUGUCAUUCGACGCCCACCAACAAGAAGUCCACGACCCCGGCGAAACCCACCGACGCGAAGCAGUCCAGAUCAUCACGCACUCCCACAACUCCAUCUCCGAAAUCGAAGCCUACACGCCCGCCCAACGCACCUGGGCUGGGAUAGAAUUCGCGUUUCUGCCCCGUCAGUUCUACGAGCCGAUCGAUCAGGCUUCUGGGGGAGGCCCUGUGGCUGGGUUGUGGUUUUUUCGGUGGGAGAAGUUUCUUUCGACGCGGCAGGGGGAGGCUAGUAAGACUUCGAACCAAGCGGCCGAGGUUGAAGAGAUACUCGAUCAGUUUGAUCUUGAUUAUGAGAGGUAUCAACAGCUCACUGCCGCUGCUGAUGAUGCGUUGAAUCUAGCGUGUAAGGAGGCGAAUGAUAAGCAUAAGACCGGAUCCUUCCAUCAUAAGACAGAUGUCUGCGAAGCGAUCCAUAACUUCAAGACGCAACACUGGGUUGAGGAUGAGAAGGAACGCAACCAAGUCACAUUCAUCUCUCAAGACCUUAGUGCCGCGAUUUCGCAAGUUCGGAGUAGCUACCGUUGGGCGGGGACUCACGCAGAGCAACUCAGCAGACAGAUCGAGCCCUUACAGAAGAGGCUAUUGGCGGAUGGGAGGAGUGCAGCGUUGGGGAAGUUUCAGGAGAUGGUGGAGGAGUUUUUGGAGAGUGCUUAG